AUGGGAUCACCACUGUCACCAGUAAUCGCCAACCUAUUUAUGGAGGAUCUGGAAGAACGAGCGAUCAAAUCCGCCGAAUAUAAACCAGAAAUGUGGCUACGAUACGUCGACGACACCUUCGUUAUUUGGACGCACGGCAAAGAAAAACUGAAUGGCUUCCUAACACAUCUCAACAGUAUACAUCACAAAAUUCAGUUCACCAUGGAAAUCGAAGAAAAUAACAAGUUGCCAUUUCUAGACGUAUCCAUAAUCAAAAAUAGAACCGGAGGUUUAGGCUACACGGUGUAUAGAAAACCCACACACACGGAUCGCUACCUGCAUGCCGAGUCCCAUCACCAUCCAUCACAACUAAAUUCUGUUUUGAAAACUCUAAUAACACGAUCAGAAAGGCUGACUGACAACGAACACAAAACAGAAGAAAUCGAAAAAGUUAAAAAAGCUCUUCAACAAAAUGGUUUCUCGGAUAACAACAUCAAGAGAGCAUUAAGACCACGCCACAAUAGAGAACGGACCGAAGAAGAUAAACCAGUUGCCAAAGCACUCCUUCCAUAUAUAAAAGGAACCACUGACAAAAUCAGCAAAGUACUGAAGAAACAUAAAAUUGAAACUGUCUUCAAUACCGACAGGAAAAUUGGCAACAUUCUUCCAUCAGCGAAGACGAAGUAUAUAUUUUUUGUUCAACUACUCUCUUGGAGAUCAGAUACCAUUUUCACACCAUCAAUGAGAUAG